AUGGUCUUAGAAAAAGCACAGCUGAGUGUGGACAAUGGCAUGAUGACGAAAAGCUUCGUGGAGAUCAAUCCUGCUGCCAACACUGCUGCUGCUGACACAUCCACUGCCCUGACAGAACCUAAGACAGCGGCACCUGGACAACCAGACCCCUCCAGGAUAGAAGUGAUUUCGGUGACGGAGGAAGACCUCCCCACUGUUGAAACCCCCAACACAUUGAACGUCAGCCCCCUGGGAAGCUUUGCUGCUGACCCCGAAUCAGAGAACCAUUCUGCCAAACCUGAGGAGCCGCAACCUCCAGCUGCACCCAGCCCCACCAUGCCAAUCACCAAGGUGCAGCCCUUCAUCCACGAGGAUGACAUGAAGGAAAGCUGGAAGGACAGACUGCUGGCCCACCGCUCGGAGCUGGUGAUUGCUUCAUGCCUCAUCGUGGUGGUUGUUCUUGCUCUCGGCAUCGGCCUCGGAGUGGGUCUGAGCUGUGUAGGGAAGUUUCGCUGUGGCUCAUCGUCACAAUGCAUCAGUGCGUCGGCUCAGUGUGACGGAGAGGUGCACUGUGACAACGGAGAGGACGAGCUCGGCUGUGUGCGUCUGAGUGGGAGGAGUUCGGUCCUGCAGGUCCAGAGAGGUGGAGUGUGGAGAACAGUGUGCUCAGAUGGCUGGAACAACUGGCUGGGAGUCUCUGCCUGCAAGCAACUGGGAUACUCCAGGUAUUUGGAGUCCUUCUUCAUCUCUCUGACCUCCAUCGAGCAGGACCUUCAGUCAAACCUGGUGUCCAUCAACCUGAGCCAGCCGCACGCUAUAAAGCUGCAGAAUGCCACCGCCUUCAGUAAGACUCAGUGCAGCUCAGGGAGGGUGGCCACUCUCAAAUGUCUGGAGUGCGGCUCCAGGCCCCAGUACAGCACUCGUAUCGUUGGAGGAAACAUCUCAAGGCCAGGUCAGUUCCCCUGGCAGGUCAGCCUCCACUUCGACAGUGAGCACCUGUGUGGAGGCUCCAUCAUUACGUCACGCUGGGUCCUCACUGCAGCACACUGUGUGUUUGGGUUUGCAGACCCCUCUAGGUGGGCGGUCCAUGUGGGACUGACGGAGCAGCCAGUCCAUGGGGCUCAGUCUCUGGCCGUGGAGCAGAUUAUAUAUCACGCUCGCUACAGACCUAAAGGACUCAACUACGAUAUCGCACUGAUGAAGUUGGCCACGCCGCUUGCUUUCAAUGGCUUUGUGGAGCCCAUCUGCCUGCCGAACUACGGGGAGGAGUUUGAGGAGGGCACCAUGUGCUGGAUCUCUGGAUGGGGAGCAACUGAGGAUGAAGGAGAGACCAGUGUGGUUCUGCGCUCAGCCAUGGUGCCACUCCUCUCCACCAAGACCUGCAACCAGCCAGAGGUUUACCAGGGCUUCAUCUCCCCCUGGAUGAUCUGUGCAGGCUACCUGGAGGGAGGAACAGACUCCUGCCAGGGGGACAGUGGAGGUCCUCUGGCCUGUGAAGACUCGUCGGUAUGGAAGCUGGUUGGUGCGACCAGCUGGGGAAUCGGCUGCGCUAUGAGGAACAAGCCGGGCGUUUACACUCGCAUCACACAGUCACUCAGCUGGAUCCGCCAACAGAUGGAGGUCAGCACAUGA